UCGAUCACUACUUUAAAAACCUUCCGCACAACCGCACUCCGGAAGAUCAACCUCUUUUUCAAUAAUCUUCCAUACAGUCAUAUAAACUGCAAAACAUCUGAGAACAUGCCUGGCCUAAAAGCACCAGAGGUCGAUCUCUCCCGCAAAGAUGAAUCCCCACCCAUCGUCUCCUAUUUCGGCGUCGACGCUCAUUGCGGCAUGAAAAAUCGAGAAGUCAACACAAUCCUCAAAAAGCUCUGGCAGCACUCGAACAGCAGAUAUGCGUUCGACAUCUUCGACCGUGUUGUCUGCUUCGAGGACGAAUCGGAUCGAGACAACUACUUUCAAGCAACCGGAUCCCGUCGAGCCUACACCCAAACCCUAGCGACAUUUACCCAGCUCCUCGAAGCAGUAAAGUCUAAUCCAGAGCGAGGCAUGCUCUUCGCAAUUGGUGAAGAAGCCGGGUGGACAGGCUAUCAACCUCUCGAUUCGCAAUUCCCCGACCAUCGCUUAGGCCAUUUGUGGGCGGGUAUGUUGGUGAAGAAGCAAGGUCCAAACACUGACGAAUGGUGUCUGAAUAUAUACUGUACGGGCCUGAAAGAGCCUGCUUCGAAAUUCCUUGCGAAAUUCUCGGGGCGUAGGAAGCUGUGGAGGGCGUUGUAUGGUGCGGGUAUUAAUGUAACUACAGUUAAUAGGGCUAGGGUCUGCAAAGUGUAUAAGGAGUCGACGUGUGUUAUCAAUAGCCUUUACUGGCUCUACAAGGCUAGUCGGCUGGAGGGGGAUUAUUGGAAGCCAAAUGAUAAGCGCUUGGAAGAUUUGUUUCUCUCGCAACAUCUUGCUUCUGGGCAGAAUCUCUACGAAACGAUAUCGUUGACCGAUUCCGAGGCUUCAUCAUCUUGGGAUGCUUCAACGGACGACUUUAGAGUUGUUAUAGGAUGA